UCGACUAUAGACUACAUUCAUUUAUAGGGAGAACAGUCAUUGGCAUUGCUAGUGGAGAAUAAUUUAAAGGCUCAAAUCUGGUGAAAUCAUGGCUUCUGUUGCACGGAGGUUUCCUCAACAUCUAAAGGAGCUUAGAAUUCAUCUUUGCCAACGUUCAAAUGCAAGUGAAGGCGUUAGGGAAUGGGUGAAGACACAGUAUGUAGAAGUGAAGAAGGCCAAUCCCCGUUUCCCCAUCCUGAUCAGAGAAUGCAGUGGGGUUCAGCCUACGGUCUAUGCAAGAUACGAGUUUGGACGUGAGGCGAGUACUGAUGUGACAGGAUUUAACUCCAAGCAAGUCAACGAGACUAUUCAAUCCCUUGUUGCUCUGCAACCAAAAUAACUCUUAUGAUGAAAUUAAAUUGAAUCUGGACAUAUCAAAGAAACAGAGCAGUGUAUAGAUGUGGCAUCUGCCGUCUUUCAUCUAAAGAAAUCAGGAACGGAUAUGGAGGUCUUUGAAGGAAUACUGGAUUGAAAGAAGGGAUGGAUGGAUGCUUCAUCAUACUUUCUAUAAAUUUACUGACCUGGAAGUGGUAGCUGAUCUUCAAUGGAAAGACAAGUUUGUGUACAGUCUGAACUCUGAAGUUAUGAAUGCACUUACAUUUCUUAGUCUAAGCAUAGUGCUUUGAUCCAGUAUUUUUUUUUUAAGAUUGUGGGAAUAUAAUUUUUCAAAAUGCUUUUUAUUUCUCUGAAAUGCAUAAUGAUGGACCUGACUUAACACAAUUUUGGAACUUUCAGAGUUAUUGAGAACACUUGGAUAAAAGACAGUGUUUAUUGUCUCCUGCCCCCCCCCCCCUUUCCUCAGAUAUCUGUUAUAUUCUGCAUGACUGAUGGUACCAGUCUAGUGGUUCUACCGCCUACCAAAUCAGCCCCAUUCCCCUUCUCUCCCUUUAUGUAAGGAAUGAUAUUUAUGAAUUUACCUUUCCAUUUAUAUUCCAUUCGUUGGCACGUCUAGGGAGCAAAGUGGCAUGUGGCCUGGGGACCGCUUUCAAGCGGUGCAAAAAAUAAAUAAAAAGUUUUAAACACCCCUCCAAACCUGGAUGUCAUAAAUGAUGAAAAAGGUAAAUUGGAUGAGAUAGGGGUGGGGCCUAUAUUGAUAAAAAUGGGGAGUGUUUCAUGAAAUGACUUGUCAGACGAUUUAUUCGACGGUUUCCAUAGUAACAGUGCCUCUCAGCCAAUCAAAAUCAAGGAAAGUUGUUAGACCUGACUACUUGUCGGACAAAAAUGUUGAUGAAACACUCCCCAGGUCAGUGUAUGAAUAGGAGAUGUCCUACCCUAUGUUAUCAUGUCCAAGUAUUGCGAUAUAUGCAUUAAUAAGGCUUUCCACUCUGUUCACUCAGCUCUACUGAGCAGUUGAAACUUGUGUGAUGUUUUUUAAGAAGUGAAAUGUGGACAUGAAUGAUAAUAAAUCUAUGAAUUAUAAUUUAA